AUGGAUUUGACUGUGUCGUCUGAAGCCUGCACUCCAGUACGUUUGAGGAAAAUUUAUGCUGGUCUUGAAACUGCUCCAGACAAAGAUAUUGAUGGUACAUUAAUCAAUAGACAUAUAACACUACCAGAAAUGCAGGAAGAUCGUUAUACUAGCACACAAACACUUAUAACGAAAGACAAGAAAGAGACCAUGCCAAAUGGUGUGAUAAACCCAGCGUUUGACGGUACCAUGGAUACGGUAAACAUCGACGGAAAUACCUCUUGGAGCGACACCAGCAGUGACAACAUGAAAGACGGAGGAGGAUCAAGGGCAUCAACUCUUACUAGAAAUAUUGAAGCUGCAGCCAUUGAGGAAGAGCAGCAAUCUCAACAUAAAGAUCCAGUUAUAGACAGACCCGGGGUCAAAGUUCCAUCCAAUAAUUCAAAGUGGGAUGUUUUUCGGAUUACACCUAGAGACGAAGACUCAGGCAUAGAUGAUGAUUACAUCAGUAUCUUUAGAAAAAUUGUCAAAGUAUUCACAAGCAUAUUUCUUUCCAUUUUCAUCAUACUCAUGACAAUGCUCAGCAAAAGUACACUAUUACUUAUAACUUCUAACGUUUAUAAAAAUGUGACUUUAGAUUGUGAAACUACUCGAUCAAAUGACGGCGUUGAAACUGUGACAAAAUGUCGACGAGUUCCGCCUGACCUACCGCAAAAAGAAAAAUAUCAACUUUCACAAAAUGUUGAAGUACGGUGGUUGUGGGCUUUGUUUAUUGUCAUAACGACACCAUAUCUGUUUACAUUUUGUAAAACUUUAUGGAGGAUAUGUUUCAAGAAGACACGACAGCCAACUCUUGCAGUUCUAGCAAUAGUUCUAGUGGUUGAAACUUUACAUUCUAUUGGGAUCUGCAUUUUUGCGUUUUAUGUGCUACCAACGAUUGAUUCAAUACGGGGUCUGUUUCUAUGCUUCGGUGUGGCCGUCGUUCCAUCGUUACUGAAACUAUUUGAUUGUCAGGACUGCCCACAUAUGGUGUAUCCAUUAUAUGUUGCUAACGUUCAAGGAACAAAUUAUUACAACGAUCCAUUUUGGACCGCCAUUUUACAGAUUUUUGCUUGCCUUUUGUGUUACACUCUUUCAAAAACCGCGUGUAAAAUAAUGCUGCAAGUUGCUAGCUUUUCGUUACCGUUAAUGCUGGUUGCGCCAAUAAUGGCAGGUGUUUUCAUGAGUGAUUGUGAAUCUUGGAAAUCCGGGGGUCAAACGAAUUCCAUAAUGCCAGAAUAUUUACAGUGGACAUGCGAUCUACAUGGAAUUUCAUAUGAUUUCCUGGAGAAGUUGAUUUCAGUUUAUUUUCUUCCGGUAGUUAUCGGAUGGUGGUUGUCCUUUAUGUGGGUGACAUUUCACAUCUGGAUUCCAAGAGUUGAAAGGCUUGUACAGACCGAGAGGCUGUUCGUACAACCUCUGUAUUGUGGGGUAUUCUUGGAGCAGUCAUUGAUGUUAAAUAGGAGACGAGAUGACAGGGAUAGAGAUUUUAGAGGAUCUGGCAAGACAAAAUUGAAGUUUAUGCCGGACAGUCCCUUGGCUAAAACAGAGGCUGGAUAUUUUGACUAUAACAGACCGUCUGUAAGGAAAAAUCCAACACCAAGGAUAUAUGUAUGUGCAACUAUGUGGCACGAGACUGAGAGGGAAAUGAAACAGAUUUUACAGUCUUUAUUCAGACUGGACAAUGAUCAAUGUGCAAGAAAGAAUGCCCAGAAAUUUUUCGAUGUCGUAGAUCCUGAUUAUUACGAAUUCGAAGCACAUAUUUUCUUUGAUGACGCUUUUGAGCCACAUGACGAUGAUGAGUACGAAUACCAUGUUAAUAGCUUUGUAAAACAAUUCAUGCGUGUACUGGAUGAUGCAGCAAGCAAAGUGCACAAUGUAAACAUAAAGCUUCCGCCUCCUACAAAAUACCCGACACCUUAUGGCGGCAGAUUGGAAUGGACUUUACCUGGAAAUAAUAAACUUAGUGCUCACCUCAAAGAUAAGGUGAAAGUACGACACAAAAAAAGAUGGAGCCAGGUCAUGUACAUGUACUAUCUACUUGGCUUCAAGCUCUUGUCAGAACCUCUCGAUUCAAAACGUAAACAGACACUUGCUGACAAUACCUAUAUACUCGCUUUAGAUGGAGAUGUAGAUUUCAAACCUUCAGCUGUUCAAUUACUGGUAGACAGAAUGAAGAAAAACGAAAAGGUGGGCGCGGCAUGUGGGCGUAUUCAUCCUAUUGGAACAGGACCAAUGAUAUGGUACCAGAAAUUUGAAUAUGCUGUUAGCCAUUGGCUACAAAAGGCAACCGAACACAUGAUUGGCUGUGUAUUGUGCAGUCCCGGAUGUUUCUCCCUGUUUAGAGCCUCAGCUUUAAUGGAUGACAAUGUCAUGAGGAAAUACACAUCUGUUUCUACAGAAGCAAGGCAUUAUGUUCAGUUUGAUCAAGGUGAAGAUCGUUGGUUGUGUACUUUGUUGUUACAACAAGGAUAUAGAGUGGAAUAUUCAGCCGCGGCUGAUGCUUUAACCUAUGCCCCGGAAGGAUUUGACGAAUUUUACAAUCAAAGACGAAGAUGGUCUCCAUCUACAAUGGCUAACAUACUGGAUCUUUUGGGCGAUUGGAAAAAUGUAAUGAGGCUGAAUGAAAACAUUUCCGGUCUAUAUAUAGCCUAUCAAAUGCUGCUAUUCCUGUCGUCAAUGGUUACACCUGGAACUAUUUUUCUAUUGGUUGUUGGUGCACUCAACUCAGCAUUCGGGAUAGAAUUGAUAACAUCACUGUGUCUAAACUUAGUUCCAUUGCUUUUGUUUCUAAUUUUUUGUUUCACAGUCCAAAGUAAAUGGCAGCUUCUUUUCGCUGGGAUACUGUCUCUGAUAUAUGCAUUAGUUAUGAUGGUUGUUGUUGUUGGCCUCGGUUUAGAGAUGAAACAUGAAGGAAUUUGUUCACCCACCACAAUUUUCAUGAUAUUUAUCGUAGGAAUAUUCAUCAUAUCUGCAAUAUUACAUCCACAAGAAUUUUACUGCUUGCUUCAUGGAGCACUGUACUUCUUACUGAUUCCAAGUAUGUCUAUGCUGUUGAUGAUUUACUCUAUAUGUAAUUUGCAUGUCGUAUCGUGGGGUACCAGGGAAAAUGCAAUAGCAGCUCAGCCGGAUAAACCAAAGACCAAAACGCAGGACAGUAAAAUUGCAUCGAUUUUAAGUAAAUUUGCAGAUAACAAAAAUGAGGAAACCAGCAGUUAUGCCUUUUCCUUUGGGAAUUUAUUCAAGUGUUUGUGUUGUCCAAAGGAACCAGUUAAUACAGCAGAGUCUAAAUUUGCAGAAAUACUUGCAACAUUAGAACAACUUGAGCAGAAAAUUGUUAAACAACAACAACCUAAUGAUGUCAACAAACCUGAAACAGAAAAUAACAUAGAUACCGAUGAGAUGAAACGGAAACCUAGUGAAAAGAAAGAGAUAGAAGCAGGUGUUAGAUACAAUCCAAUAUUUCAACAAAAAGCGCUUCCCCAUGAAGACGAUACGCCAUAUUGGAUUCACGAUGCUGAUAUCGGUCAUGGAAAAAUUCGUUACAUCAACAAAGAAGAGAAACACUUUUGGAAGGAGCUGAUUCGUCAGUAUUUAUAUCCUCUUCAAUCCGAUGCGCAGCAGCAGAAAAAAAUGCAAACAGAUUUGAUACAAUUAAGGAAUAAAGCUAGCCUGAUGUUCUUUAUGUUAAAUGCUUUAUUUAUCAUCAUCAUCUUUAGUUUGCAGUAUUCAAAUGCUAUCAGUGGUGCUGGCCUCACCAUUCCUCUUCCUUGUAAAGAUACUGCUGGAAAAUAUUUGAAACUUGAACCUAUUUCUAUGUUUUUCAUGGCUGUGUUUGGGAUUGCGCUUCUGAUUCAGUUUAUAUCGAUGAUAUUUCACCGUCUCGGUACAUUUUUGCAUAUAAUGGCGUCGACGGAAGUCAACUGUAUGAGGCCGAAUCAGAACGAGGUUACAUCAAUGGACAUAACAAGCAAAGUGCAACUCGUUAAGGAAAUGCAAAGGUUUGAGGAUGACGAAGAUGCCCGUUCGAUUUCAACGAUAGGUAGCGAUGGUGAAGAAGAUAGCAGUGUGACAAUGGACGAUUCACCGAAAGUGAGACGAAGGAAAACCCUUAGAAAAAUUUUGAAGAACAAACGCCGGGACACGCCUCACACUGGAAAUCUAGGUGGAAAAUUUUUGAAAAAUUUCCUUGAUUUAGCCAAAGAUCUGGAAAAGGAAGGCAGUCAGAAAGACGCUUCCGUAAAGGAAGGUAAAGGUCGCAAAGGUAGCAGAGGAAGCGGGAAGCGAAGUAAAAAAGCACUGAAAGCGAUUGAACUAUUGGAACAUAGUAAAGAAAAUAAAGAAAGUAUUCUAACAAAGGCGGAAGCCAUUAAAGACAAAUGGCAAAGACUUGCUAAAUCAACUCGACCAGAAAGUUCUGGUUCAGGAGACAAAUGGGGAUCUCUUCUCAGAUCCGUUAUUGGUCAAUCGCGAACGAGUCUCAAUACGAUAUCGGAAGAUGAUAAACGGAGUUCAUGGUUCCAAAGUAUAGGGAAAAAAAUGAGAAGGACAAAUAGCGAAUUUUCGUUACCUGACAUUGGGUCUUGGUCGAAUAGAAAUAGCUAUGCUGAACCAAUCUUAAAUAUAAUCAGUGACGAAUUAGAACCGGGUGAUAUGGAAAUAGGUGCUACGUCAAAAAAUAUCCCAGCAUCCAAAUCUGCCGGAAAUUGUAAAAAUGAAACAAGGGCCAUAAUUGAACGUAUAACCGAGCAGAAAAAUGAAAACAUAUACGAUACGGCAGAUUUUAUCCCAUCUGAAGUGAAUAGUGACAGUGAAUCAGACUCAGACAUUUCUGUAAUGAAGAGUGAUUCAACUUCUAAAUCAGACUCUUCACAACCCCAAAAGUCAAUACAAUUACAAGAUAUUGAACUUAAGUCUUCUGAAAACAAUGAUAUUGGUAAACUUCAAAAAGGUGAUACACAAUUAUAAUAUUAAGACUUGUAUAACAAUCUGAAUUUUUCUAUGCGUAGAAUCCAAUUUUGCAAUCGUAUGUACUUGACUAUUUCCGUUGUAAUCGUAUGUACUCGACUAUUUCCGUAAUAGAAAAUAUACGCCAUUCAUUUUUCGAAAACCUUGAAUGUUGUUCUAAUUAUCUGAUAUUUCGCCAAACCCUUGAUUAAUAUUUUUAUCAGAUUUCUUCCUUACAAAUUUAUUCUCUCAUUGUUUUAAAUUGAAAGUCUUCUUUUGAUUAAGAAAUAUAGUAUAAAGAACGGAACAAUACAUCUUUGUACACCAAUCUGGUUCCUAUAAUUUAACUCUAGUGUUGUUAUUGUUAAAGGAAACCAGGAAAAUUUAAAUUACAAUUAGGACAUAAGGGAAAGGUGUGCAUAAUAAAAAAAUGAUUUCUAAAUUAAGUUUGAUUCAUAGCCGGGUAUAGCCAUUUUAAAGGGUUUGAAGAUUUGUUUACGCAAUGUUUAUUGAUAGUCUUUCAUUGGUAGUUUAAAUGCAUGUAAUAAUGUUGUGUUGAUAAAAGGUAACACUAGUGUAUAUUAGGAUGUAAAAUUAAUUAUUCAAUGUUUAGGAUUAGUUAUUUUGAUAUAUCCAGCUGCACUGUGCUUUUAAUCAUGGCGAGCUAUUUCCAAAUUGAUUUACAUGCUUGUAACAUGGAAUCAGGACAACUCGGACCAAAGACAACUUUGACCAUUUUGCCAAAAAUAUCAUUUUGACGACUUUUGGGUAAAUUUAUCUCGACCAUAUAUUCAUAAAAUAAAUUAAACAACAAAUAUCUUGACAUGUCUAGCUAGAUCACUGCAUGAACAUAUAACAAGUUGAUCAAUUAGUCUCUGGAACAUUUAUGUAUCGCCUUCAUAAUUGGUAUGAGUUGGGUUUCAAACUGGUCCGAGUGGUCUUUUAGACCGGCCCAAAUUGUCUUCAACAUUGGUUCAAGUUGUCUUAAAGUUGGUCCGAGUAGUCUUAGUCCGACAUGUAUUAGGUCCGGGCUGUCAAGUAUUCAUGUAACAAAUAUAGUUUAUUUUUUUAUGCGUCCAAAUUUCACAUAAGAAUCAAAUUAAUUUUUUUUAUCCGUAUUGUACUUAAAAUAACAAAUUUCAAAAAUCAAUAUGACCCGCAGGCGGGUUAAAAAGAGGUGAAAAUUUGAACACUUAACAUCCAGUGAUGGUUUUUAUAGUAACUAUAUUCCAAAUAAGUUCUCUUUAUACGGACAUAAGUGUUGAAAGUUAUUGGCUGGUCCAAUGCAAUACGCAGCAGUUUCUUU